AGAGAGGUUGCUUAGCAGCGUGUGUUUCUCCUUAGCCUUGGCUGCGGCGGCCGAGGCCUGGCGAUGCCCAAGAACGCAGUGGUCAUCUUGCGGUAUGGGCCCUACAGCGCGGCAGGCCUGCCGGUGGAGCACCACACCUUCCGCCUGCAGGGCCUGCAAGCUGUGUUGGCCAGAGAUGGACACGAGGUAAUCCUAGAGAAGAUAGAAGACUGGAAUGUGGUGGAACUCAUGGUGAAUGAAGAAGUCGUCUUCCACUGCAACAUUAAGGACUUGGAGUUCGGAGGCGAUGGUAAACUAGACCCACUGUGUGAAAAGGCCAGGAUAGCCGUGCUGAACUCCUACUGAUCUCCUCGUGGAACAGGCAUCUCAAGUUGGUAGAACAGCAGCUGCCCCAGCCAUUCUAUGAUACAGGGAGAAGUGGCUGUACUGCAGUGUGGACAUUGGGCUCUACUAGUCAGGCAGGGCAACUCGGGCCUGAUCUCCAGCUUACACAGCCUCAGGAAUCUCACCCGGCUGCACAGGAGCUCACAGAAAUAAUAAAAACCACAUCAUUUGUAACAUCUCUCAAUCCCAACCCAUAGGGAGAGCCCUCCAAUAUCAGGUACACAUUGAGCUGAAGGAAACAAUAAAAUGCAAUCAAAUAACAAGGUGCCAUUCCUGACUAAUAACACAUAGUUGCCAGAAGCAUCUGAGAUUCCAUUGUUUAGUACUCAAAUUGCUCAGAACAGGUAAAAUU